UGAAGAUACCACCCUUAGAGUUAAUAAAAAGGAGGGUCAUCCCUGUGUCCUGCCUCUUAGUCUCCGGCACCUCUGGAAGGAAGCUUCCUAACAAGGUAUGGCCGACGACAGAGCCCUCCUGGCAGCCCUAGCUGCUAGAGUCCAGGAAAACCCAGCUUUCCUAACAUCCCUCAUUGCUGGCUUGCAGGAGCCCCCUCCUGCUAUGCCUGCAGGGGACUCUUUAGUUUCUGGCCGCCCUAAACGGCGUACUAGAGCCCUAGGCAGACUCAGCUCUCCCUCCCUCCCUCCUCCACGUGUGAGAGGUUCAAAGCGGGGGGGCGCAGCCUCCAGCGUGUGUGCAGGAGUGUUAUCAGCUCAGCCUGCAGCACGUUCUGGUCUCCCGCCCCCUGCUUCUUUCAUUAACCCCCGAGCUCCCUCUGUCCCCUUGCCUGUGCUAGUGCCUAGUAACACUGCUAGUGUGCCCACAUCUGCUGUGAUCUCUGCCCCCACUCUGGCACUAAGUGCCCAGGCAUCCCAGGUCCCUGCAGCGCAGCAUACUGCUGCGCUCACCUGUGUUACUGAGCUGGGUAGCGAUGUUUCCAGAGAGCUGGCCGGAGUGCAGUCAGUGCUUCCGGCAGCGUGGUCUGUGGCUCCGCCCCCCUCCAGUCCUCAGCAGUUUCCCGCUCCCUGGCAGGCAAGCUCCUCUCUCCUCAGCUCCCUGCUGCAGACUGUCACCCCAGGGAUUAUGGGCAAUAGAAAUUCCAAUGUGUCAUCUGCAGAUGAGCCCAGGGAUGCCCCCUCUACCGAGGCACAGGCUCCUGGGAGUGCCAACAGUUGCACUAAUGCUCCUGCCAACCCACUCCCCCUACCCCCCAAUCCCACUCAGGCCACCCUGCCUGACUUUAUUGUAGCCAAUCCCACCACUUCCUCAUCGCUUAUGGCACAUUUAGGGCCCCCUACUGGGGUCUCUGCCCCUAUUGCGCAUAUGGGGGAACGCCCCAAUUCCAGAAGGUGCUCAUCUGAUGUAUCCGACCGCCGUUAUCGGCGCAGGUCGGCAGCUUGUCAUCCACGUUGUUCCCGUCAUCGUUCACGGUCUGCGCGGCGGUCCCACAGAAGUGCCCGCUCCAGAUCGUCUCGUUGGCGGUCACCUUCAUCAUCGGAGGUCAGCUCCUGCAGCGAUAUCGCUGGCAGGUCUCAUUCAUGACGCAGAAGGGGUGCCCAUGCAUCAGCUGCACGGUCUUCUCGCGGGGCCAGCCGGGCCAGCGCGGUUCAGGAUCCGAAUCCUCCAAUCGCUCCAGUCGAACCUCCAGGUCCUUCUACUACUGGAGUUCCGGACCCUAGUGCCAGCAGCUUCACCGGAGGGCUCCAUGUGCCCGGCCCAUCUCUGGGACAUCCCGCUGAGCGAGUGACUCCUCUCAUCAGAGCCUCAGUGGCUCCUAGGCCCUGGACGGGUUAUGGUAAGGCCUGGGCUGGCUGGGUAGCGCUAGCAGGGACCCAUCUGGUCCAUUCCUCUGUGUCGGAUCGUCUGAGCGUAACCAUCGACUGUGCGGAAAGAGCUGUGCGGAAAGGCUGUGCGCAAAGAGCAUCGGCGCCCGGUUUCAUUUCAUCUACUGGUCCAACUGCUUCAGGCCUCGCAACAAGCUUGCCCUUCCCCGCAAGAAGUCUUGUUGUUUUGCGCUGCAUUUUGCCUUGCGUUUUUCUGAGCUUUUCGGAUAAGCGAGCUCCUCCCCCCGUCCAAGUUCCAGCCAGGGGGUGUUUUGCAAGAGGAUGUCCUUAUUACGGAUUCCUUGGUGCGCAUUCGCCUC